AUGCGGCUGAUAAAUGUCGAAUCGAGGCUCCUGGAGGAAUUUGUUGCUGAGAUACCGCAUUAUGCCAUACUUUCACACACAUGGGGAGACGACGAGGUCGUUUUCCAGGACUUUGUGCACUCCAGUGAAGAAGCAAGGCGUCAAAAGAAGGGGUUCGCCAAAAUUCUCAAGACAUGCGAGUUGGCAAAAUCAUCUGGUCUCAGAUAUGCUUGGGUCGACACGUGCUGCAUAGACAAGUCUAGCAGCGCCGAGCUGGGCGAAGCCAUCAACUCGAUGUUUCGCUGGUAUCGCGGCGCCAUUGUUUGCUAUGCUUGGCUUACCGACUUAGUCCCCGACAGCUCAUCAGAGCCUGAUGCCGAGGCGUUGAAGGGCUGUCGAUGGUUUAAACGGGGAUGGACUCUACAGGAACUGAUUGCGCCGCGAGCGGUGGAGUUUUACGAUGCAAAUUGGAACUUUCGUGGCUCGAAAUGUGGUUUGAAGUCCCUUUUAACGGAUAUAACAAAGGUACCUGACAAUGUGCUCGAGUCGCCCGAGUCGUUGUACACACUGUCAGUCGCCGACGGAUGUCUUGGAUGUCUGAGCGCAAAACAACUCGGACUGAAGAUCUGGCGUACUGCUUGCUGGGCAUCUUCGACGUGA